UCUGAGCGUGGGCAUAGCUUAUCUUUUAUCAUAUUCAUAACUAGUAUGAGGCCCUUUUGUUUUUAAGUGCAAGUAUUGAUAAUUCCAAAUCUCGUAAGCUAGCAUUUUUUAAUAGGGGGUUAAAAAAUGUAUACCAAAUUGAAAGUUAGUUUUAACUUAAACGUUGAAGGAAUCAUGAGUGGCCAGUCCCCAGAAAUUGCAACAACUGUUCGGUCUGAUGAAGACGAAAUGGAUAUAACCCGGAGCGACAGUACAUCAAGUGGUAGUUCUAUGGAAAACCAUGUUGGAUCUGAUGUUGAUGAUGCAGAAGAGCUUUUCGCAUUAAUGGCUGAGGUAGAUGAUUACAUUGCAUUAAUAGAAGAUGAGUUUGAAGCAGAGGAUGAUUGGGAACCCAUACCACCAGCAGUAAUUAAUAUGAUAGAGAACCGCUUAACAAUAAUACAAAAUGGGGUUAAUGCACGACGACUACGACUACAACAACUUAAUGAAGCAGAGGCUGCUAGAGUUAACGCACCACGACAACAACAACAACAACAACAACAACAACUCGAUGAAGCAGCGGCUGCUAGAGAUAACACACCACGACAACCACUACAACAACUCAGUGAAGCAGAGGGUGCUAGAGGUAUUACACCACGACAACAACUACGGCAACUCGAUGAAGCAGAGGCUGGUAGAGAUAACGCAUCACGACGGCGCCGAGUACGACGACGACUACGACUAUAACAACAACCCCAAUGAAGGCUGUCUAUAACUAAAAAUAAAUAAA